AUGGCAAACGUCGCCCAGCACAUACUCACACCGGCGGUCAUCCGCGCAAGGUACUCCGGCUAUGUCCUAAGCAACGGCGUCAAAUGCGUCAUCGUGCAGGAUGAGAACGCGAAAAUGCCCGCGGCGGCCAUGAGCAUCCAUGCGGGCCAGCUAAACGACCCCGCCGAGCUGCCUGGGCUGGCACACUUCUGCGAACACAUGCUUUUCAUGGGAACUGAGAAGUUCCCGAAGGAGGAUGAGUUCGAUAGUUUCGUAUCCAAAGCGAGCGGCUUUGCCAACGCCUUCACCGCGGAUUGCGACACGGUGUACUACUUCAGCGUCAGCGAUGGCAGCCUUGAGGGGGCGCUAGAGCGGUUUGUGGAGUUCUUCGCGGCUCCCAGCUUCAGUCCCGGUGCGGUGGCCCGAGAGGUGAACGCAGUGCACAGCGAGGAUGAGAAGAACCACAAUAACGACUACUGGCGUCUCGACGAGCUAAUUCGUGGCUUCUACAACCCCAAACACCCACGCAGCCGCUACGGCAAUGGCAACCUCACGACCCUGUGGGACGAACCGCAGGAGCGGGGGAUCGACGUGCAUGAGUCGCUCAAAGCGUUCCACUCCCGUUACUACUUGGCGAGUGGGGCGACGAUUGUGGUUGUGACCUCGAGAGCAGCGGAUGAAGUACUGCGGCUCAUCGAGGGGCCGCUCGCGCGGAUGAAGCAGGGGGCUGUUCCGCGCUUCUCUUUUCUCGAGACCGACGAGCCUCUCUUUACCAGUGCCGCACUCGCCUCCUGGACCAACCUGCGCACGGUGCGGAAGAUGCGUGAACUGCGCUUGAUGUGGCCAGUGCGGUCGCCGUCGUCGUCGUGGCGCACGAUGCCGUCGGCGUACAUUUCCCACCUCCUUGGGCAUGAGUGCGACACCUCCGUGCUUGGGGUGCUGAAGAAGCGCAAUUGGGCGACAGGCAUGGUGGCCGGUUCGCACCGCGUGGACGACGACUUCGAAGUCCUAGAUGCCUCUAUCACACUCACAGUGGAGGGCUUCCGGAACGUGCUGAAGGUGGUGGACCUUCUCUACCAGGGCCUUGGCCUGUCCAUUGCGCACGGCGUGAAUGCUGAGGUAUACGAGCAGAUGAAGGCGGAGGAGCGCCUCUUCUUUGAGAGCACUGAUGUUGGCGCGCCGGCGGACCACUGUGUCACGCUCGCACAAAACGCCAACGCUACUGACCUGAAGCACUGUUGGAUCGGCGGCGACGUGGUACUUGAGGAUGAUCUGGAGGCGACUCUGGCCUAUGUGCGUCAGCUGACACCGCAGAACUGCGUGGUGGUGAUGCAGUGGGGAGACAUGCCGAGCGAUGCAGACAUGGGCGCCACAGCGGCACAAGAAGAACGCGAAGAGAGCCAUGCAGAGGAGCAGCGUGACGAGGAUGACGAGGAGGAUGGAGAUGAUGAGGGUACCGAGGACGAAAGCGCAGAGAAGGCGGCGCAGGUGGAGGAUGGUAGCGCGUCGGCUGAGGAGCUGUUUCUCUCGCUGCCGGCCUUCGCACAGGUGCGAGUGAGCAAAGUGUCGCGCUUCCACAAGGCACUGUACCAGACAGUGAAGAUACCGGAGGAACACGUGGCGCGGUGGCAGAGUCUUAUCAACGGACCAUAUCCGCCGGAGCUUGCACUGCCGUCCAAGAAUCCGUUCAUCGCCACUGACUUCACAAUUUACUCACCGGCGGCUGUGAAAGAGGUGGAGGAGAUCGUUUCUCCGCACGCCGUGGCAUACGUGAGGAGGGACGUGGGGUACCACAGAACCUUCAAAAUGGCGCUGCGGUGCAACGUCCUCUCACCCGUGGCGUACGCGAGCCCGCUGAACCGCCUGUACACACGUGUCAUGCACGGCAUUUUGUCCAAUGCGAUCACCGAGAUGGCCUACUACGCGACGCUAGCGUCACUCUCCAACGAGGUGAUCUUCUCGGCUACGGGGCUGGGGUUUGCAGUGGAGGGCCCGUCGCAGAGGCUGUACGAGUUUUUCUUUGCCGUAGUGCGCAAGGCGCUGUCGAUCGAGGUGCUCCAGGGCACCGCGGAGGAGUAUGCCACCUACCUGGAGGCAGGCGUGCGGAGGCUCAAGAACGUGGGGAUGGACCAGCCGUACAAAGUUCUCCUUCAAAUGCAGCAAAAGGCAACGCGCCACACGCACUACUUGUUUAGCGAGAUGAUCGCGUGCGAGCCUGCCGCCACUUACGAGGGCUACUGCACCUUUGUCAGGCAGUACGUGGAGAGCGGUCUCCUGCUCGAGUGUUUCGUUGCGGGGAACGUGCGCUCCACAGAGGAUGUGCGUGCAAUGCUAGUUGACCCGCUAGAGGAUCUUCUGGAGGCCAUCUCGGUUCCAAUCCCGCUAAAGGCAGCCAUUCCACGUGUGCGCGACACGUACAGCCCGCGUGCUGGGGAUAGAAAAACGAACGAGAGCGUGCUGUCUUCCUUUGAUGUUCUCUCGAUGCCACCAUCGAACCCGAUGGACCCGAACGCGGCGGUUGUCGUUGACAUCAUCAUUGGUGAGGCUACUCCGCGUGUGAUGGCGCUCACAAACACUGCAAUGAAGCUCAUCUCCUCCUCUUUCUUCAACGCACUGCGCACGCGGGAGGCGCUGGGCUACAUUGUGUUUGCCCAAAGCACUGUCGACUACCACACAGCGCACGCACUGUUUGUAAUUCAGAGUGCACUAGCGGACGUGGACUGCGUAUAUCUGCUUUCCCGCAUUGUCGCUUUCUUGUCCGCUGUGGAGGCGCAGCUGGACACGCUAUGCACCGCCGAGGAGGUCUCGAAGGUGAAGAGGGGCCUCAUUGAGGCUCUAGAGAAGAUGCCUGACUCCGUCGAUGGUGACGCACAGCGUCUUGAGGGCGAGUAUCUCAGCGUGUCAAAAUUUGAGAGUCGCCAGCUGACGAUUGCGGCCCUCUCAACUAUCACCGAGGAAGAUGUCAAGUCGCACUUCCGCCAGUUCUUCUUCAACAGCCGUAGCGACUCUCGUGCGUUGGCGCUGUGCAUCAACAGCGCUCGCACCGCUGCAACCGAUCUUCUUGCAGCGUCAGGCAACCGCCGCAUUGCGCUUCCAGGCGUGCGGUCCAAGCAGGAGGACGGCGGCGAAGCGUUGAGUGACGCAUCAGAGGACACGACCAUACUAACGCUGCCCACCUUUUCGGAUGGUUGCAGCUGCGUCGAGAUUACGUCGUACGCUUCUGCCUUCGAGUACCAACGCGGGCUCUCUGUUGUGAAGUGCAGCACUUAUUAG